AUGGUGCAGCUCAAUCCAGAGCGAAGGGUGAAAAGAAAAGAGGAGGGGAUCAGUGGAUCUCUAGUGAGUAACACAGGUGCAGAGUGAGAUGAAAAAUGCAAAUGAGAGUAGCGUGGUUUACUGAACCAUUUUUUUAAAGUCCCCAAGUGAUGACCUUAGAAAAAAAAACAGCCUCUAUUCGGGUCUUUCGGUACCUAUUCUUAAUCAUGCAGGUGCAGAGUGUCCACAGCUUUACAGUGACUGUCCAUUGAGGAGUUUGUUUUCUUGAAGAUAAUGAGCUGAGUAGAGCUUCUUCAACAUACAGCAGCAUGAGCUUGUUGACAAAAAUGUAUUGCUGCUUGCUAGCUUUACUUCUCAUUAUAAAAUGUCAUUCCACAAGCCAGGAUCCAUGAAUAAUAUGAACAAAAAUAUAACAGACACAACCUCAAAAUACCCCUCAUUUCCCCAGAGUGUUAGAAGGGAUUUAAAAGUAAUGGUGUCAGCUGUAUUAAAUCUAUCCCAUCCAUUCGUCUGCACUUAAGUCCUUGCAUAUGGACACACCUAGAGAUUAGCCCUAAUAUGUCCAGUAACAGGCGAAACCCUUAGCCAACCGAGUGUCGACGUGUAGACAGGCCAGUAACCAAACCCAGAUUGGAUCACCCAGAACUUGCAGCCACGGGUGGCUGACUUGCAUUUUGCUCACCGGUUUAAAAAGACAGCUGCCAGAUCCUGCCUACAGGCUGCCCAUGGGUCUGCCAUUUCGCAGGAUCAGUUCUGGCGAUUCUCCAUCUUUGGGUUUUCCACAUUUGGACAAACGAGGGGGCCUGGUGGGUUCUUAAGAGUGACAGGAAAUCUAUCUUUUUCACCCACUAUCAGCCAAUGUCAAACAAUAUUUUCCUCUUUCGAACAUUGUCUGGCAGUAAGCUUAUGUUAAUUAGCUAGUAGCUUGGUUCAGUUUCUUCCAUGCUGUGUUUUUCCCUUUACCACGCGAUCUUACGGUAAUUAGGAACCUGCCACCUUAAAAAGUGAUGGAUCAUCAUAAAAUCUGACCCUCGGAUGAAUGUGUUGCUCAAGACUUGCGCAAAUGAGGGAAAAAUAAUCCUGAGGCAAGUUGUCAGAUGCUAUACGUGCAGAUGAGUUAGCUGACCUUUUUCUAUCACGAGCCAAUAUUAGCACAAGCCAUUAUAACCUAUCAAAGCCUAAAGCUUAUAGCCAAUGCUCAGGGGUCCCUCCAGCCUCAUCAUGCUCUGGACGGGAAUCGCGUUCCCAGCGCUAUCUCCACUAUUACAGACUGCACAGUGUCAGGGCUUCUAUUUAACCUUGUGCAAUGAGUUCUCUCCUAUACAUCUAUCACAAGCAAUCAUACCCACAUCCUGCAGGGUUAACCCUUCCUUCAGAGCUUACACUGUAUGUCGAUGGGAAGGAUGUAUGCGUGUGUGUGCCUGAGAAGAAGAUGCAUUGUGCUGUUAAUUAUAAAAUCAAUUCAAUUAAUUCUCAACAUGCAAAUUAGCUCAUUAAAGGACCUGAACUCAUAGAAUUACCACUGAUUAGCUGGCUAAGCACUAUUGCUGCCCUCUGGAUACAUGCUUAUUAAGCUAUAUUAACUAUACCUUUUUCACUAAAGCUGUAAUAAAACAUAUAAAUUAUAGUUAUUCCAAAAGAACAUAUGGACCUCUGGUUUACAUAGAGGAGCAAAAAGCUUUAAUGUCCAGUGUACUAAGUUGAAAGCAGACUAUCUUUAGCCAAAUUGCUGUUUGCUUUCCCUAACAUUUGCAGCGCACAAUAAAGCCGGUUAUUUAACUCCAUAUUAACAAGCUUUCAGGCAUUUCAGCCUGUAUUUUCUCUGUGUGCCUGCUUGUUUGUUCCUUUAUUAAAUAAAGCUCUGACUUCAAAUUUCUUUUCCCCUCACUUCUUGUUUCUCUCAUCUCUCCUCCCUCAGAGCUGGAAAUGCCCCCGCCAUAGUGGGAGCUGGAGGAUGCAAGGCAGUAACAGGUACAUCAGGGAGCAGGAGCGGGAGCUGAAAGAGGAGGGGGUGCUGGCUCAGUUUGGCAGACAAGUCUGA